GCGUGAGGAGUGUAUAAAUAUGAGAUCGCAACGUUUACACAAUUCAGUUGUUCUCUGAGCCGCGCUUAAGUGCAUAUCAAAAUCUAGCUAAAAUGAAAUUCCUAAUUGUUGUCCUUGCAGUCGUUGCAUUGGCCUACGCCGAUGAUGAAUGGACUGUGAAGCAAGCUGCCGAAAUCAAGGAGAUUCGUCAGGAAUGCUUAAAGGAAAACCCGCUCGGCGAUGAGUACAUCCAAAAGAUGAAGAGCUUUGAAUAUCCCGAUGAAGAACCUGUACGUAAAUAUUUACUCUGCACAGCUAAGAAAUUGGGUAUCUUCUGCGUACAUGAAGGUUAUCAUGUCGAUCGUAUUGCCAAGCAGUUCAAAAUGGAUUUGGACGAGGCUGAGGUAGUUGCCAUUGCUGAAGGUUGUGUGGAUAAGAAUGAGCAGGGUAGCAGUGCUGAUGUUUGGGCCUAUCGCGGUCACAAGUGUUUGAUGGCCAGCAAGAUUGGUGAUCGAGUGAAGUCUUACAUCAAGAAGAAUGUUGAGGAAGCAAAGAAACAAUAAAUAAGUAGAACAUAAAUUAACACUGCCAGUCGAGAUAUUAAUAAAGUAUGUUUUGUGAAUAAGUAUUAAAAA